AUGGCCACCGCCUUCGCAGCAUCAACACCUUCACCUCCCCCUUCCAUUCGCACACCACCAACACCCAGACACGGCUGGAGCGACAACUGGGAGCCUUACUCUCCUCGCAAAUCGGCACGUAUCUCAUCUCGUCGAGCUGCAAACCGAACUCCUUCUCCGCAACCACCAACUCACCGCACUCCUCCUCGAUCAACUCGCAAGCCCAUCGCACCUUCCGCAGCCACAGCCAUCAUGUCGCCUGCCGCUACACCUCAAAAGAAGCGCCAACCUGCGCAAGAUUCUGUUCGUCGCGCUUCUGGGUUUCUAGCCGCUGACAGCUCGUCCCACGCUGCAUCGUCGCUCGGUAUUGACAAGAUGGAUCCCCAAUCGAACCACACCGCCUCGACUCGUCGCAACGGCAUGUUGCCCACGCCAGCCAAGACGCCCAAGAAGGCACCUACCGAGAAGCAAACUGCGCACAUCAAGUCGGUCGCGCGCAAUCUGUUCGCUAACGACGACGAGGCGUUGGUCACACCCAAGAAAAAGCGAACCCCGAAGAAGUAUUCUGGCAAUUCGUUGGAGAGCUUCACGGCAACCGAAGUAGAAGAGAAGAUUGAGAUCUUCACCGAUUCGCAAGACCGCGUUCCUGUGCCCGACUCCAGCGUGGACAACCCGUUUUAUGGCGAUAGCGUCACCGUCGACAGAGAGCCCCCGCGCCGCCGCAGCAAGCGCAAAGUCGCGAUUCCAGGAGAAGCAGCGCAGGGCGUUGACGAUGCGCUUCAGCGUGAGGAUGGCAUGGUGUAUGUAUUCCGUGGAAAGAAGAUCUUCCGCAAGUUCGCUGAGCCCGAAGAUGAAGACGACGAAGAGGGCAGCUCAAGCGAAUCUCGCCUUCGUAGACCGCUCACGCGUUCUGCCAUCAAGCCGCGCCUGCUUUUCCCUGUCGCACCCAAGGCCCCUGCGACAGGUAUCACUCUCGAGGAAGAGGAGGCUGUUACCGACAUCGAAGAUCACCAUCUCGAGGACGACGAGGAGGUUGAGGAAGCGCCAGAGACCCCGGCUGAGGUCGAGGAAGAGGCUCCAGCAACUCCCAAGGCACCCAAGUUUGGCCCGACGGUCGCAACCCCACCGUCGACCAGACGCACCACUCGCUCGGGAUUGAAGGCGGAAGAACCGUCACCGAUCAAACGCAAGACUCGUGCGAGUCCCUUUGACGACUGGCCGCGUGUCAAGAGCCGCCAUGGAAGCAGUGUUACGAAGCGAGCGGGCGACGAGCUCGAAGCUUCUGCUUCUAAGCGAACCCGUACUUGA